AUGGAAUAUAAUGAAUUAAAAGCUAGCUUGGCAAAUUCUGAUUGUGAUGUUUUGGAGUUACUUAAUUCACCAUCAUUCUCAAAUGAUCCAUAUAAAAUGUCCAAAAUUAUUGGAGAUAUCUUUAAUGAACCAUUGAUAAAUUUUGAAAAUUAUAAAACUGAUGAAGAAUUUCAACUUUCAACAUUAUGUACAGAAUUAUACAAAUUAGGUGUUGAAACUGAGGGAACCCGCCUAAAAUUACAAAAUAAAUUUAAAAAAAUGCAAAUUUCUCAGUCGAAAAUACCAACAUCCUCCACAAUAUUAAUGUAUGACUCAGCAAAGACAAGAGCUGACAAAUUAGGUACAUUAAUUAGGGCAAAAAUAGAUUUUGGAACUGCUUAUGCAAGUUUACAACUUCUUGACAAAAAUAAUGAUGUAGAAUUUUAUCAAGUGCUAGUUCAAUUAAAUAGAUGUUGUAAAAUUUUAUGUGAGUAUGAUUUUACUGAUAAUACAAAAGUUGAGGAAAUUAAUCUUAUAAAGAAAGAAUUUUUAAUGCCAUUAGAAAAUCAAAUAUAUAAUAGUUUAGAUCAUAUGGAUAAAGAAAAUUUAGAUAUGCUUAAAAAUAAAUUUGAAUCUUUGGAUUGUUUGACUAAUUUUAAUGAAUAUUUAGUUAAUUAUUUUUCUAAAAAAAUUUCUAGUAUCAUUUGUCAGAUAGAACAAGCCAGUCAAACUGAAGAUAUUCCAGCCUCUAAUCCUGAUAGUUAUUUGUGGAAGAUACUUUCAGAAGUAUUUGAUAUUUGGAAAAAAACAUGGGAGAUUCUUAAUGAAAUUCUUGUUAAUUGUGAUGAUAAUUAUAAAAUAAAAUCAUCCGGAAAUGGUUCCAAUUUUGUUUCUAGUGUUAUUUCUCAAAUACUGGAAUCUGACACACAAUGGAAUAUUAUUUCAAAAAUUUUUUUAAAUUCUCUUUCCUGUGAGGAGGAAAAAUUUAUGGCAUAUCUUCAGAUAUCUAAACAAUUUAUAUCAUUUACAGAAUUUCUUAAUACACGUGGUGAUAAUGCUAUAUAUGAAUGUUUAACAAAUUUUAUUGGUAAAUUAAAAGAAAUACUUGGAGAGACAUAUCAAAGAGAAUCAAAGAACUUUUUGUUAAUUGAAAUUUCUAAAAUUACACCACCUGAAAAUUCAGCCUCUAGACAUAGACAUAAAUGGUUGAUUCCAUUUAUUGAAGAUAUACAAAGAAUCAUCUUACAAAUCAUACAUGAAUCUUUUGCAAUUUUUGGAAACAAGUUUUAUGAUAUUCUUGUUCCUUCAAUUGAUUUUGUUAUAACAGAACUUAUUACUGUUUUUAAUCAAAAAGAUUACUUAGAAGUUAAAAAAGAUAUUAAUCAAGAAAUUUGUAGUAAUAAAGGUAUUGGUGAAAUUGCAGAAGAAAAAUUUAAUUCUAUUAUUGUUGUUGGGUAUAUGUAUAAUAUGAUAGAAACAAUUUGUGAUGCUUUAAAACAAACAAUAUCUGGUAAUGAAAUUAAUGGAAAAAUUAUAAAUGAAAAACAUACAAAAGAUUUACUACAAAAAUUAUCUUGGUUUAAUUCAUAUGUUGUUAGUAAUAAAAUUACAGCUGUUGGAAAUGCUAUUAUACAUAGAAUGAGUAAGGAAGUAUCAGAUUAUUUAAAGGAAAAAGAAAAUAAAAUAAAUAUUUCUCAAAAAUUAUCUACAUCCCUACAAAAUACUACAUCAUUACCAAAUUAUUCUUACUCACCUCAAGAUUAUAUGACAAAUUUAGGACAAAGAUUUCUUCAAGUUGUUAAUACUGUUACUUUAUUUCUUGCUAAUAAAGAUUUUAAAUUAGCAACAGAAUAUGCAUAUACUGAACAACUAAAAAAUGAUAAAAAUAAAGAAUUUAAAAAAAGUUCUGUGGAGGGUGCAUAUUUAGAUUUAUGGAUUAUAAGUAAUAUAACAGAAAAUGUUGUACAGUAUUGGGUUUUAAAUUUUCAAGAUGUCUGUGAUACUAAUGAUUUUAACAUGAUGAAACAGGUAUAUAUUGAUGCAAAAUUUUUGAUUGACGUUGUUGUUGAUUUAAAUCUAGAACCAUGUACUGAUUUAUUGGAGAUUUGUGGUACAUUAAAUACUACAAUUGAACAAGAAAAAAAAUAA